AUGGCAAGAACCAAGCAGACCGCUCGUAAAUCCACCGGAGGCAAAGCCCCCAGGAAGCAGCUGGCCACCAAGGCUGCGCGCAAGAGCGCCCCGGCCACCGGCGGCGUGAAGAAGCCUCACCGUUACAGGCCCGGUACCGUGGCUCUGAGAGAGAUCCGUCGCUACCAGAAAUCUACGGAGCUGCUGAUCCGCAAGCUGCCCUUCCAGCGCCUGGUGAGAGAAAUCGCUCAGGAUUUCAAGACCGACCUGCGCUUCCAGAGCUCCGCUGUCAUGGCUCUGCAGGAGGCCAGCGAGGCUUACCUGGUCGGCCUGUUUGAGGACACCAACCUGUGCGCCAUCCACGCCAAGAGGGUAACCAUCAUGCCCAAGGACAUCCAGCUGGCCCGCCGCAUCCGCGGAGAGAGAGCAAAAACUCCUCAUCCUCGUUAG